GCUGUCCAGGAACCCCCCACCUGUCGGUAUGUGCCCGUGUUUUCCCAGUAUUUCACCCCUGCCUUGUCCCGAUUCCAGGUCUCGCUUCCCCACAAUCGCACCGUUCCAGUAGCUCCUGGAGAACCGGGGGCUUGGGGUCUGGUAUGGAUGGCGGAACAGAAAAUCUCAUAUGAUAAGAAGAAACAAGAAGAAUUAAUGCAACAAUAUCUGAAAGAACAGGAAUCCUAUGAUAAUAGGUUGCUUAUGGGUGAUGAGCGUGUGAAGAAUGGUCUUAAUUUCAUGUAUGAGGCCCCACCAGGAGCAAAGAAAGAGCACAAGGAAACUAAAGAGCAAGAAGGAGAGACUGAAUACAAAUUUGAAUGGCAAAAAGUCGCCCCUCGAGAAAAAUACGCAAAGGACGAUGUGAAUAUCAGAGAUCAGCCCUUUGGUAUCCAGGUGCGGAAUGUGAGGUGUAUUAAAUGCCACAAAUGGGGUCACGUGAACACGGACCGAGAGUGUCCCUUAUUUGGCCUUUCGGGCAUUAACGCGAGCUCCGUCUCCAGCGAUGGUUCAGGGCCAUCAAUGCACCCCUCGGAGCUAAUAGCGGAGAUGAGAAACAGUGGGUUUGCACUGAAACAAAAUGUGCUGGGGAGAAACUUGACCGCAAAUGAUCCAUCACAGGAAUUUGUUGCAAGUGAAGGAGAUGAUGAUCCAGAAGUUGAAUUUUUAAAAUCACUGUCAACUAAACAAAAACAGAAACUUCUAAGGAAGUUGGAUCGUCUGGAGAAGAAAAAGAAAAAGAAAGACAGAAAGAAGAAAAAGCAGCAGAAGAAAAAAAGCAAAAGUAAACACAAGAAACAUAAGAUGAGAUCCUCUUCCUCAUCCUCCAGCGAGACUUCAGUAAGCAGCAGCGAUAGCGAGACUGACAGCAGAGAUAAAGCAGCACAAAAGGAGGUGUAUUCUAAGAAAAGAAAAAAAGACAAGUUUUCAGAGGCUAGCAGCAGCAGCGAUUCAGAAGGAAAGGCAAAGACGAGGAAGGAAAAACUUUAUGAAGAUCUCUCCAGUAGUCACGGUAACAAGGACAAAGGUAGGGAGCAGCACAGACUUUUAAAGCAAGACAGUUCUGCGGAGAACAACAAAUGGAGCUCCUGUGAGGGGGAAAGAAAGUCCAAGAGCAGAUACCAUAGCACCAUCAAGAGAGAGACUGAAAGAAAGGAGCGAGACAGUAGAAGCCAAAGCAUGGAUGAAGGAAGCAGGAGAAGCCCUUGCACAAGUCACAGCAGCUCCAGGCAAAGGCAAAUAAGAAAAUGUCCAAGUCAAAGCCCUAGUGAAGAGCAGCACAGGAAAAAGGAAACCAGAAGCCCCAGCGCAGAUGUGCGCAGAGAGAAGAGAAAAUGUAGAGAGAGCUAUGGGGACAAGUGCAGUGAAGUGGAACACAGACAAAAGAGCAGACACAGUAGAAGCAGAAGCAGAGAGAGAGGGAAAAAAAACAGGUAGUACAGGGGACAAGUGCAAACGAGAAUGUCUCUGAUUUUUGGUGAACACCUUUAACAAGGGCUCAGUUAUGUACUGCUGUUUGUUUUCCAGCCUUUCUAACUAGCA